AUGCUCGCUGGUAAGGUUGCUCAUCUCCUGCCAGCACCAAAUUUGCAACUUGAUCAAGUUGCUGGCAAUGUGAAUGCUGGCUGUGGUCUGGCCAGUCGGACUCCUUGUCUGCAGUAGCUGACUGGACGAGCGCGCAUAUAGGCUGCUUCUGUGACUCCCAAGGAGAUCUACAACCUUCUGUACAAGCACUGCAAGGUGGUAAUGCAACAACAACAGCAAAAUGAGUGCUGCCUUUGA